AUGGCUGCCCAGACCAUAAAGAAAAAUAUCAAGCCGGCGGUUGCUGAGACACAAACGACGUCGUUGCUGUACAAGGCGAUGACUCCGGAGUUUCAAUGGAGUGAUAAGGAUGAGUUUCUGGACGUGAUCUACUGGAUGCGACAGAUCAUGGGAAUUGUGCUGGGAUUAAUUUGGGGCAUUAUUCCGCUGAAAGGUUUCCUUGGUCUGGCUUUGUUUCUGCUUGUGAAUGUUGCCAUAGUGUAUAUUUAUUACAACAGCUUCCAGAAAGUGGAGGAGGAGGAGUACGGAGGAGCAGUUGAGAUCCUCAAAGAAGGACUGAUGACAUCUUUUUCUUCAUUUUUGGUUGCCUGGAUCAUUUUAUAUUCUGCGCUGCAUUCAGAAUCUGGGUCAUAG